UGCUCUAAUCAGCUAAACGUAUCAAAUCUUUCGUUUAAAUUUCUUCAAAAUUAUCAGAUUGAAUUAGACACUGUUCGGGACCAUUUUUAUAUAAAUUUUCCAAUUCCAAGAUGUUUAUGUGGUGUGAGCGCAUCUCAGCAGCUAUGGCCGGAGUUGUGGUGGGCCUUUGGUACGCCCACACCUUCCCGUCUGAGGAUUGCGACAAGCCAAAGGACAACAAGAAGAAAUAAUACAAUGUCGCUAGUCAAGGCUGACGUCACGAUAGUUCCACAAAAUGAAUACCAUUCACUUAGUUAUAUCGCAAUGGGUAUAUUUUUUAUACCCGGAACCAAUUACAAUUGGUUAAAAGCCGGGCAAGAUACGUCAACCGAUGGAAAUAUACUAUCCGAAAUCAAGUGAAAAAUUCAGUCUCACUCUGACAGU